GUACGGCCACAGUAGGAGGAGCAGGAGCAGGAAGAGGAAGAAACACAAGGUUCCACCCUCCCUGUAUGUGCAGUCCCAGGAGUGUUGCCAUGCCCACAGUCAGUUGGUGACUGGACAGGGUGAUCCAUAAUUUUCAGUGGGCUGAAUCUUAGUGUUUCUGAGAUUUAUUGGGCUAAAUGUUGCUGGUUUGCUUUUUUGCAGGGGCUGAAUCUUUGUAUUCUGGAGCGGGUUUUGCCUGAAUUUGAUGUUUGGGUAGUUCUUGAUCUUUGUUUUGAUGUUUGGAGGAUGUUUGGUCUGGAUGUUGGUGUUUUGGUUUGUUACAGACACAAGAUGCCAAAUGACUUUCUGAGAUGAACUUGGGCAAGGAGGAACCCCCAGCCCAAGGCGCUCUCCUCUCUUUUUUUCCUCCUAACCAGAAAUUUUCAUUCCCAAGCUGUGUCCAGAUGGAAGAGGAAGAGGAAAAGCCCCAGAGAUCCCGCACAAGGAGGGGCUGCAAGCCCAGCCCAGGGAGCUGCGAGGAGGAAAGAUCCCCCCAGUUCCAGGAACACGGCCAGAGAUCCAGCUGGAGCUCAGAGCUGGGGGAGAAGCCCCACAAGUGCUUGGAAUGUGGGAAGGGCUUCAGAAAGAGCUCUGAAUUGAUCCGGCACCAGGUGAUCCACACUGGGGAAAAGCCCUACGAGUGUGGGGAAUGUGGGAAGAGCUUCAGCCAGAGCUCCAACCUGAUCCAGCACCAGAUGAUCCACACUGGGGAAAAGCCCUAUGAGUGUGGGAAAUGUGGAAAGAGCUUCAGAGAUAUCUCUCACCUGAUGACACACCAGGUGAUCCACACAGGGGAACGGCCCUACACCUGCUUGGAAUGUGGGAAGAGCUUUGGGUGGAGCUCCAAUCUGAGAGCACACCAGCGCAUCCACACUGGGGAGAGGCCCUACGAGUGUCCUGAGUGUGGGAAGAGGUUUCAGACCAGCUCUGAUGUCCUCAGACAUGAGCGGAUUCACACAGAGGAGAGGCCCUUCCGCUGCCCUGACUGCGGGAAGGGCUUCAACCGUAACUCCCACCUCAUCAGGCACCGGCGCAUCCACAGUGGGGAGAGGCCCUACGAGUGUCCCCAGUGUGGGAAGAGCUUCUCCAGGAGCUUUCAUUUGACCCGGCACCAACGGAGGCACCAGUAAGGGAAGCCCUGCGAGUGCCCUGAGUGCGGGAAGAGCUUCGUGCGCUGCUCCAGCUCCAUCCCCCAUGGGAGGAUCGGCGUUGGAUGAUCCCCAGUGACCCCCGUUGGGCAGAGCCCUGGUGAUCCGUGGUCCUGGUGAUCCGUGUUGGGAAGACACCUGGCUGGGAGGCUCCACAUCUUCCUGGCU